UUUUUUAUUAGCUCCAUUCCCUGUUUCUAACCAGCACCAAGAGACAUGGAAAACUGACGAAUCUCCACGUACUUUACAGAAGAGCCUUUUGAGCCAUCAGAGGAUCACUGUGGCUUUAAGAAGAAAAUGAGAAGUUUUGCCUCACUAACUCAACAUGUUUGGGAACUUUUCACAUCAGAGAGGCAGCCUGGCUGGAAGAAGCUGUUACAGCUUUUUGCAGUUUGCUGUACAGCUAGCUUCAUCUCAAGCAGUUUCUUGUUUCUUAGCUUGUACUCCUCCCUAACACAUUUUCCUUUGGUUACCUUAGCAAUUGUUGCAUCUGUCUGGAUUGCCCUUUCUAUUGCAUUGUUUUCUUCCAAGUGUGUGCGUUGCUUUGCAGCCUUGUUUGUUCUUUCUUGUGGACUGCGUGAAGGUAGAAAUGCUCUUAUUACUGCUGGCACAGGCAUAGUGGCAGCUGGCCACAUCCAAAGUAUUUUUCACAACAUAAAAGUACUGGCAGACAGUAUAACUUGCAAUAUAGAAGCUGAGCAUUUUGCCUUGAUAAAACACUAUGUUAAAGCCAUCCAAUGGAUUUAUAGUCAGAUCAAGUUUUCAUAUAACCCUUUUAAAGAUAUAGUGUCACUGAGUGAUGAAUUCAAUACCUUUUAUAUCAUUUCUGAUGAAGGUUUCAAACUGAGGCUAAAUACCACCAAACAACAGAUCCAAAGUGUUACUAGCCAUAUAUCUUCUAUUCUGGCAAUACAGCCCUACAUAAGCCAGAGGCUGCUUCCUUUAAUGGGACUUAUUCUAGUUGUUCUUGGUACGUACCUCUUCAUCAGAAAAUUUGUGAGCCCUCAGAGUGCAAAGUUUAAGAAUAUUUAUAUCACAAAGCGGUUCAUUGGAUUUGAUGAGCAGCAAAAGAAUCAACAAAAGCCAUCUGUGCUUCCACUCAAUAAAAAAGAGAGGAAGGUGUAUUUAACCAUCCCAUCCCUCAGCCUAACACAGAAGGAAAAGAAAAACAUAGGAUUUUUUUUUCUCCCUGUGUUUACUAAUCUUUGUAUCUGGGCUCUGUUUGCAGCAAUAGAUUAUAUGCUUUAUUGGCUAAUUUUUUCAGUGAGCAAGCAUCUCCAAGAAUUACCAGAGAUAGAAGCUCAUUUGAAAGUCUAUUACCAAAAAAAUGAGGACAGUUUCAUUAUCAAUAAAGGAAAAGUCAUUCAAAAUAAUUUUCAUUUGAAGAUUCCUCUGUUUAAACAUGACUGCAUUCCUAAACCAGAGUUUUCUCUGCUCUCAACAUGGAUCCAGAUUGGAGUCAUCACCUUUUUCUUAAUCAUAUUUGGAUUAUUCUCCAGUAUCCUGGUUCAGCUUAAAGUACUUGUGUCAAAUUCAUUCUAUCCCAACAUAGAGAUGACAAGGAUGCAUUAUCUGCAUUCGAAAUUACUGAGAUAUAGAGAAAAGCCUCCACAGAAAAAUGUGAAAAGGAAACUUAACUCAUUUGCUCAAACGCUCCAAUUCUGGUUCCCAAUAUUCAAGGCAAUGGGGACAAUCAGGAAGAAAGAAAAAGACAUGAUAAAUGAAAACAAGGUUUGAAAGAGGCCACAUAACUGUUUGGAUAAGCUCAAGGUUCGUUGUGCAGCAAGUCCCUGCAUAUUGUACCUGUACUGCUUUUGCUUUUAAAAAUAUUUCUGUAAAGUACUGUCAGUUAAUUUCCAUAUUAUAUUUAAAUGUUAAAGAAGUAAACAUAGCUCCCGCAGGACAGCAGGCUGCAGUUGUUUGGCAAUGCUGGGACGUUGCAAGCAAGCAAUACGAAAUAGCACUUGAGAUUUCCCGGCGAUGUCUGGCACUUGUGCAAUCCUUUAGGGCCUGAUACUCAUUAAUUUUGUGGCCAUGCUACACCGCUCUGGGAGUCUUGCUCUGUAAUUAUCACACUGACUCUGUGGCCCUUUUAACAUAUGAGCAAAAAGUCAUUUCACUGUACAUGAAAACUUCAAACCAAUCAAACUCGUUAAUCAUGGGUUUAACUUUAAGCAUGUGAGGUUCCCUUUGAAAUUAUUGGCACUACUUAUGAGGUUGCAUAGGUAACCUGAAUCCUGGCAUUUCCUAAUUUAAAAGUGCUUCACUUUGCAUCCUGUGGUCUUUUAACACAGCUCCUUGGCUGAAAACAAAAACAAAUGAGCUAGGGGGGAAAGAAACCCAGAAAUUGCAUCAUGUUGAUACCAGUUAAUCAGAAAGGGAUGAGACAUGUGCUAGUGGGUUUCACUUGUUAAUGGCAAAGGUUGGUGAAGCCUAAGGAGACUUGUUUUUCUAUUCUUGGCUCUAGAAGUAAGUGUGUGAAGUCAGCCCACACUUGACCCCUUCUGCUCAAUCCCCUAUAAUCUUUUUCCAAAUCCAAGCUUCUCAUCCCAUCCCCAGACUCCUUGCCCCACACCACUCAGCACUUGUUUUCAGUCCUAGUUUCCAUCUCUGGCCUCUAUCCAAUCCCAGACCCCACCAUUCAGGAGGUGCCAGCAGUCAGUAACACCAGUACCUACAACAGUGGUGAAGCAGGGAACUUGGCAAACACAGGAAGGGGAUUGUUCAUAAUAGACUGAGAUAUAGUCUGUUAUGAACAUGAGACACUUUACUGCAAAGCAGAGCUAAUUACCGUGUAUUAAAUGUCACUGUCUAUGUGUGUAGACCCUUACUGCGCAGUUAUCUGCUCUACUUGGCAAUUAAAUUGUUACCUACAUUACGUGCCUUACUGUGCAGUAACUACUUGGCACUUAAUUUCCUAAUAAUAUUUGGAUUAUUCUUCAGUAUCCUAAUUCAGCCAGGUAACAAAUUACCUGCCGAGUAGUUACUGCAUAGUAAAGCACAUGUAGAUGGCCAACCAAGAGCUUAUUUGCUACUGGUCAGCUGGGCAGCAGGGGGCAGGACAUUACUCCCUACCCCUGGGAGCUCCCUGCUGUUGGGAUGGGUUCCAGUGGCUGAACCCAGGUGGGGACUAUGCCCCGGCAUCAGGGAGUUCAGAGAUUAGCAGGAAUGAAAGAGAUGAUAAUGAACCAUAAAGUCAGUUGACUCUCUUGGCACUGCCUGAAUAGAAUAUAGAAAUUCUGCUGCCCCUCCCAGAGAGUUGGUUUUAAAACUUGGGUGGAACAGGAAUCAAAGAGGAGUGCAGCUGCACCACUGCACUCGCCCUGGAUGCACCCCCAGACACAGAGAUGUGUAUGAUUUAACAAACUCACUCCAGAACUAUGAAUGGAACCCAUGGCAUAUACGGCCCAGUCCGUGCGUUGAGCCAGACACUGUUUUCUCCCUCUCAGCUACAGGGAAAAAGCAGCUAAACACAAUUACUCUAAAAUGUUUGUGUAAACCCCAGUCUGUCAUUGACACAAAUGUCCCCAGUGUAAAGUA